UUCAAAUUGAACUGCAAUUAAAAGAUGCCAACUUCUCUUUGUUGAAUUACAGAAGUUAGUUGUAAUGUCGAGCGAAAAAGAAAUUUCCUGUAAAUUAUUUGAUAUAAACAAGUGGAUCCCUGGAUUUCUAAUUGAUAAUGUAAAAAGAGCAGCUUUAUGUUUUCGAGAGACUUUGAUAAUAUGUUUAAAAAAUGAACCUGAAAGGAAUACAAAGCCGAUAGGCGGUUAUUGCAUUCUGGUAGAAUCCAUCGGGCCUCAAGCUCAUGAAUUUUUAGUACAUGUGCAAUCUUCGAUGUCCAUCGACGGUCAUUUCGGUGGGUCAAAAGUUACUAGCUCAGCAACAUCAAAAUUCCAUUGCCUGGAAGAAAAAAGAACAGAAUUUGUGUAUGAUAAUGGAUUUCACGAAAAAGUCAUUUUUAUGGGCAUUGAAGACAAUAACUAUUAUGUGAAAUUAACGCGCAUUUGUCCAUGCGAUAAGUCUACAGAAACCAAAGAUUUAUCUUUUUGCUCCAAUGAUAAACUAAUAAGCGAAGGAGUCAAUAUACUGCUUAUGCGUUAUUUGGCAAUUAUAAAUUAUGAAGGAACAUUAUGCUUUGAAAGUAUUACCAUAGAUGGAGAUCUUACUGUAUCCAGUUAUACAUGUACACCUAUGGAACAAAUGGAAAUAGAUGGUCAUUUUUUGGACGUUUAUAUCAUUGAACGUAAAAUAUGCAAACAAGAUGGUACCACGUAUCUUAUAAAAACUUAUUUAACACCAAAGGGUAGAAUACUUCGGCACAAUUGGUUGGAUGUGCCUUAUAUCUUGAGGAUUAAUCCAUUAGCUGAUCCGAAGAUUCCACAAAAAACAAUGAGGAUAGAAGCACCAUUAAAAGAUCACUGGGAGGAAGACAUCGAAAUGUUCUCUAUAUAUUUAGAUAUGAAAUAUUCUAAAACUGCGGAACAAAAGGAGUACUUAGCUGACCACCCAGAAGUAAAGCAACUAAUUGCAGAUUAUGUUCAAACAUUGCUAGUUGUAAAACCUGAAAAUGUGUUGGACUUCACAAUUCAACAUUUCAUAGCAUUUUCCAAACAUCCUAAGACUUGGGAGACCAGUACAUUGAACGAAAAUGAUGACACUGAUGUAAAAUCACAGCUGGCAGAAGAAAGAUCAAGUACAACUAUGUGCAACAUCUGUGGAUUUUUCAUACCUUGUGGGGUUUUAGACAAAGCUUCUUCAGAAUUUGAAGGGGAAUGCCAAGAAAUGAUGAGUUCCGAUGAUUCUGCACAAUCUACUCGUGUGGAAAGUUCGAAUGACAGUAGGACUGAAGUACAAGAAAAGACCGAUACUUUAAAUGAAAUAAGUACAAAAGAACAAAAUAUCGUCUACGAUACCACUCUUCCAGAACAGGAGAAAACUUGCGAUCGAUGUGAAACUAUGAAAAUUUACAACUAUCAACCUUCUCCUAAAUGUCCAGGAUGUCUUAGAACAUUCAAAAUAUGUAGAAAAUGUUCUGCCAUUGAUAAAAUAUUACAAAAAUUGAAACAUUAAAAUUUAUACACACAUGAUGUAACAUUUUUUAUAAAGAUCUGGUAACUG